AUGACUUUUGGCUCCUGUUCAUUGGAUGUUGAAUUGGCUAUAAAGGGAAAGUUUGAUGCUGUUUUGGACACUAUUGGUGUGUCAGAGACAGAACGGAUAGGCAUUAAUUUUCUGAAACGAGGUGGACAUUACAUGACACUUCAGGGUGAGGCAGCAUCAUUGGCUGAUAGGUAUGGACUGGCUGUUGGGCUUCCAGCAGCUACAGCUCUUUUGUUGAAUAAACAGCUUCUAUACCGAUGCACUCAUGGAAUAGGUUUGCAGCUGAAGUUUAUGAAGGUCAUCUAUCUUAUUCUAUUGGGUCUGGCUGAUGAGGAUGUGGGGACAACUCAAAACAAAAUCUGUGGUUCUUCCAUCCACCUAUUGGCUGAAAUUCUACUUCCCUUGGCUCUCAUGAUCGUUUUAUAUGUUGAGGAUUGCAACUUGUUUCAGGUGUUGCAUCUCUUCAUGUUGACUGCCACACCUGCUCCAUUCUUGCUUCAAGCUGUUGAGUACUCAUGGACAUACAUGAGGGCUGACUCAGACGGUUUGAUCGAGAUUCGAAAGCUAUGUCAAGCUGGGAAGAUGAAGAUACCUGUGGAUAAAACGUUUCCAAUAGCACGAGUAAAAGAGGCCCAUGAGGCAAAAGACAAGAAGCUCAUUCCAGCUUUGGAGUUAGGAUCAUAUGACCGAACUGUUGUGCGUGCUUCACUUGUAGCUGGACCACACCUAUCCCCUAUUAAAUGCUUUACCUUGUUGCAUGUGUGUGACGACGGGAUUAUUGAGAUGAUGCUUAAAGGGUGUUGUUCAGCAAUAUCUGAUUUUACACUAAAAUUUAAUCAAGGUCGAAAAAUGAAUGCAUUAAUAACAAUUGAUAACAUUUUGGCAAAGGCAAUGGAUGAGUGGUUUUCUCUGCCACGCGUCACAUGUGCACAGAUUUCUAUGAUAUCCAUGGGAAGCAUUGUAAACAGCACAGUCCUUCGCAAAUGGUUAAAGGCGCGUGGCAUAAAAGGAAGCAGUGAUGAGUAUGAUAGGGUAGCAACAAGGAUGAUUGGAGGCAUGAAAUUGCUGUGCUUGUAG